ACCCCCACUACCGAUAUGUUCUCUCGGCUCUCCACAGUCCACUCUCCAGUUCUCCAUGGAAUCAAUGAUACAAGCUUUAGAACAGGCAAUAAUUGUAAAAAUUCGCAUAAAUGGGCGACUCUCUGCGACGAGAGGUUAAUUAUUGUUUUGCAAGUCUUCAAGAAACUGCAUAGAACAAGAUUAAAGACAUUUGAAGGUGAUGAAUAUGCAUUGCAAGUUGUGAGGGAUAAAAUAAAUAAGGAAUACAGAAAAUACAAAAAUGUCACAAAUCAGGCGGCAAUUGAGGAGUUAAAUAAAUUCGCACAGGAAGUCGAACAUGAGGUACGAACAACUGUCAUACAGGCAAUCGAAACAGCACCUGGGAGAGUAGCACUGCGACUUACUCCAGAUGUCUUGGUAGAUAAUGUGCCAUAUAAGGAUCAGAAAGAUAAUAAGAAAGAUAAUAAAUCAGGCCAAGAAAGCAAAAACUAAAAUUAAGCUGCUGACAAUCUAUGAUAUUGAAGAAUAUUAAACUCGAAUAAAAUUUAAAGUUAAAAAUGAUUAUUAUAAUCAGAUCGUAAAGAGACAUUUAAAAUUAAAAUUGUAAAUAAACAAUGUAUUAUAUAGGAUGUUAUAGCAGAUAUAUAGUUAUAGCAGACAGUAUUAUAAGUGUACAGACAAAAAAUAUAUACAUUAUGUAACCUGA